UUUUCUUAUAGUAUUAGCAUCAGAAAGCUACAAUGCCAGCUCAAAAGGCUUCAUCUUCACAUACUCUGAGUCAUCUUCCCUUUUUCUCAUUUCCCUUUUUAUUAUGUCCCACCAUAUUUAACCAGAUACACCUUUCUUUUGAUCUCUUGGAAAAUUGAACAAAAGAAGAAUAGGUCCUUGCAUAGCCUUACAAAAAAGACCGAAUAUACCCCAUCAUCUCAGACUAUUUUUAAUUAGAAGUUAUUUUUUCUUGAAGCUCAGGUCUGUGCCUUUAUUCUUGUUUAUGAGCAACGGAUGAGUCAUCCACCAGAAGUUAAAGAUUCACCCACCAUUUUUGUCCCUUUAAAUACACCUGCAUUGUACAGGGUUGAUCAACUCAAAGGGUUUUUUCAAUCUCUAGAAAGUAGAGCAUUCCAGAUCACUUGCUGCAGACUGAAUUGCAGCACUUUCAGAAAUAUGAAGAGCCAACUCCAAGAACAUAUUAUUGGGAUCCCAGUCAGCUGCCAAUAUGAUAAGCCAUCUCUUUCAAAUGGCUCUGGGGCAAUCAUCCAAAAAAAAUGGGAUUCCACAAAUUACAGGAUCAACAAAAACAGGAAGAAGGCAGAUAAUUUUGUGGAUGGAGUCCGAGAGCAUGUGAGAUUAGGGCCUAAGUUCUCUGAAACGGUGAAGGGAAAGUUGAGCUUGGGGGCUAGGAUUCUUCAAGUUGGAGGAGUGAAGAGAGUUUUCAAGCAAAUUUUUGUUGUUGGAGAAGGAGAGAAGCUAUUGAAGGCUUCCCAAUGCUACUUAUCAACAACAGGAGGCCCUAUAGCUGGUCUCCUCUUUAUCUCUUCUCAGAGGAUUGCCUUUUGCAGUGAUAGAUCAAUCAAAUUCUCUUCUCCAAAUGGUGAAUUGAUUAGGAUCCAUUACAAGGUCUCUAUCCCACUGAGAAAGAUAAAAAGAGCCAACCAAAGCGAGAAUGUGAAAAAUCCAUCUCAGAAGUACAUGGAAAUCGUUACUUUGGAUAACUUUGACUUCUGGUUUAUGGGAUUCUUGAAUUACCAAAAAGCUUUCAGCUACCUCCAACAGGCACUCUGUGAAGCGCAUAAUCUGGUUGAGAAGUGAUUCAAAGUUUCUUCCCCCCGACUUCUACAAAUGUAUUUACAUGAACCUGAUAAGGAUCUGUACAGUUAGAGGCUUUGUACAAAUUUUUUGCUAAUGAGAAAUUGAUCUCCAAUUUUUCAACCA